AUGGGGAAUCAACAUUAGACGAUUUUGAUUAAGCCAUUUUUUUAAUAUGAAAUUUAAACUAGAAUGGCAAUAGAAUUUAGAAAUAACAUAUUAUUAUAUUUAGAAUUCAUUAAAAACAGUUAAUUAUAAAUAUAAAAUAUUUUUAAUUUAUCAAUUAUGAACUCAUUUUAGGUGAGUUUUUUCAGAUAAACAAUCGUCCUUAUCCCUCCAAAAUAACAUCAUAACAUUAAUUAUAUAAUAAGAAUGGCUUAUUCAAUCCUUCAAAUCAGCAUAAGUUUAUGUCUUAAUAUAAUAUGAACGACUAACUCCAGAACUAGUCAAAUAUAAAGUUAAAAACCUUAAAUAAGAGUAAUCUAACAUAGCUCAAAAGUGGAAAUUUUUAAGAAAUGAAAUUAGAAGUAUGAAAAGAUACUAAUUAAUUAUGAAAGAAGAGAUCUAAUUAUUGAAUUACUAAUAGCUUUGUACCUAUGAAAAAAAUAAUAUAGUAUUCAAAUUCCAUGAAACGUAUACUACUUUAUAAAUAUUCUUCGACGAUAAUAUUGACUCAUUUAAAUUAUAAAGGCAAGUAGAUAAUUAAGAGAUUUAAAACAGAAAAGAAGGUAAGUGGAGGAAAUAUCAAUAACUCAUCUUUAACUCUUAUAUAAUUUAAUUCAAGCUUAUUUUUAAGAAUGGAAGACAAAACUUAACUUUUUGGCAAGCCUAACAGAGAAUCUAUAAGGCAGAUAAAAAUAGUAAAAAAUACAAAAUAGACUACCCUUAUAUAAUUUAAAAUAAAAAAAUUAGAAUAAAAAUGACUACUUAAGAAAUAAAUAAUUAUAUUAAUAAUCUUAAUACUGUAAAUAAUAAAGAAAUCAAUAGUGUAUUUGAAUAAAAUAUAGUCGGAAAAUCAUUACUUUCCUAAUAAUUAGUUUUAUUAAUCUUAAUACAAAAAUAUUGUUGA